AUGUCGCUGGCUCAAAAGCUUGCCAAUAGAGACGCAAAGAAGACAUCUAUAGCAUCUCCUACAGCGGCAUCCUCCGUUCUCGCCAAUGCUUUUGUCACCGCUCCUGGUUCGAAGGCGCGUCAACAGGAAGCUGAGAUCAAGGUCGUAGACGCUGGCAAAAUCUACCCCUUGUCUUUUGGUGACCGCAAACUCCUGGCUACAGGACCCAAGGCGCAGAUCAUCGACAGUGAAGGCAACGUCGUUACAGAUAUACCCGUCGCUCUCUUCCGUGCGACGUCGACCAAGAAGGAAAUGGUAGCAGGUACCAAUGGCACUGGGCCCUGCAUCAUCAAGCUUCCCACGAAUCUCGAAGUCCAACCAGUGAAGGAUUUGAUCAAGCACUUCAUAGACCUGACUACGUGGAACAAGUUCGCCAGGGACUUGCACCCCUACCAGUCGACGUACUGGGAUCUUCAAAUGUGUAGCGCUGCAGAUUUUCUCGGAAUGCAUGUCUACACCCAGCAUCUCUUCAACUGGUACUGGGCACGUAUCAGCUCCGGUUCCCUCCCAGAUUACGCCGAUAUCGAUGCCAUUUCUGCCGUCCAAACCCCAGUCGGCGAUAGCAUCUUCCGGAAAGUCGUUAAUGCCAUCGCGAGAUUAGACUUUGAGGGCCAGAUUCCAGAUCCGUAUGACUACCGGGUGUACUUGAAGACCAAUGAGCGCUUCGGUGUCGCGGUGGAAGAGGCCAAGAAGAAGAUGCAGAAGCACCAAACCUACGUUGACAAGAAGAAUUGGCUUGAGGCGAAGGCAAAGCUUCGGGAAGAGUCUGCUAGACUGAUGUAUCAGCAGCGCCAGAAGCAGUUGGAGGAGAGGGCAGCAACUCAGCAGGCCAAGUGGGAUGAGCAGAAGAAGAAGGAUGCCGAGUUGGCAGCGCGAGUCAAGGCUAAGAUGGCGGAGCCGGGUAAGAAGAAAUGGAAAGCAGAUGAGGCUGGAUACUUUCGUCGUGUCCGAGGUAUCAAUGUACCCAUUAUGUAG